AUGAAUCCCCCACCGUCAGAUGUUACCGGUCUCUCUGAAGCUGAGAUCAGCGAUGCCAUUUCAGUGUUUACACCGCCCGAUAGAUCUCACAGAGUCUCUCACAGAGUCUCUCACAGAGUCGUCGAAGAAGAAGAUUCAUUGCUGAUGAGGAGAGCAGAGAUGUAUCAAGAUUACAUGAGGCGAUUUCCGAUCCCGACAAAUCGCUGUUCGGUGAUUCCGUUCACGAGCUGGGUUGGAUUAGGUAACUCAAUCAAGGAGCUUUAUGGUCAGCCUUUACAUUACCUCACCAACGUUCUCUUACAACGUUGGGAUCAAUCAAGAGUCGGUUCUGAUUCUGAAGACCAGUGUUUGGAUUCAAUCAUUCAUCCUUCGAAUGCUGAAGCUACCAUCUGGUUCGUUGAAGAAAUCCAUCGUCUCACUUCUUCUCGUUUUGAACUUGCUCGUCUUUGGGGAUCUGAUCCUAUGUAUCACUCGUUUAUCGACUCAAUCACUCCUGCGCCACCUCGAACAUGA